AUGAAGGUUCUCUUCUGGAAUAUCCGUGGCAUUGGUAACGAUGACUCUCGGACGGAGCUCUCUAACAUCUGUCGGUUGCAUCACCCGGAUUUGGUUUGCAUUGCAGAGCCUAUGGUGACUUUUAAUUCUAUUUCAGCUGCUUAUUGGGAUUCUUUAAAUCUAUCUGCUCUUACUUUUAAUUCUAGAGGAACUCUUGCUCCCAACCUUUGGUUACUAACAUCUUCAGCUUGUGCAGACCCUUUAGUUAUCUCUAUCUCGGAUCAACAGGUUACGGUUCGCUGUACUUUUGACCAUAUCCCAAGCCAGUUCACAUUUGUUUAUGCAAGCACUUCACCUAUCAAAAGAAGAGACUUGUGGGCUGAUUUUAUCUCUCUGCGCCCACAAACACAAGUUCCAUUGAUGGCUAUUGGUGAUUUCAAUGCUAUCCUGGGCGCUCACGAGCAGAUGGGAGGAGGCAGACCGUCCCAAGCUUCAUGCGCUCAGUUUAGUAAUAUGUCUGACACUUGUAACUUUACCCACUUGAACACAUCUGGGGCAGCCUUUACAUGGUCCAAUGGCUGGAGGUCACGUGGUCGCACUGAAAGAAGGUUAGAUCGCUCCUUGUGUGAUAUUAGCUGGUUUGAUUCUUGGCCCCACUCUAACUGCAUAGCAUUGCCAAAAGUAGUCUCUGAUCACAACCCCCUUAUCUUCUCUGGUUCUAGAGUUUUGAGCAAUGGUCAUCGUCCUUUCCGUUUUCAAUCAAUGUGGGUUCAACAUCCAUCUUUUCGAGAAACUGUAACUCAUUGCUGGAGAAAUACAGUUGUCUAUGGUUGUCCUAUGUUUAUCAUUCUGCAAAAAUUGAAAGCUCUAAAAACCUGCUUGCGCCAAUGGAAUUUUUCGGUCUUUGGUGACGUCCAUAAUAGAGUGGCUAAUGCUCGGCAUAAUCUUUCUAUGAUUCAACAAAGAAUUUCAACUGAGGGUAUAAAUAAUGAUCUUUUCGAGGAGGAGAUUGUCGCCAAGACUACAGUAAUGGAGUCUCUCCAAAUGCAGGAGGCAUUUUGGAAAGAUAGAGCUCGUGUUAAGUGGUUAACUAAAGGGGAUAGAAAUUCUUCUUUCUUUCAUGCCUAUGCUCGUAUUAAAUCAUCCAGCUCUCAUAUCAGUUGUAUUCUUGAUGGAAACAAUCUUCUUACUGACCCGCUGGCAAUUGACAACCAUAUUGUUAAUUUCUAUCAGACUUUGUUCGGCUCUUCUUUCACCCCUUCAGGUAUUGAUGAGGUUUGUGAAGUCAUCCAGCCGAUGGUCACAGACUCUGAAAAUGAUCUCUUAUCUGCCUUACCUUCUGAUGAGGAAAUUAAGGAGGCAGUUUUCUCUUAA